AUGGCUAAUGCAAACACUAAAGAUACCCUGAAAGUUUCAGCAAAGGAGGAGCAAGCUCAAGCUCAAGUACCGGCUCAAGAGCAAGAGCAAGAAAAUAAAGCAAUCAAGACUUUAGAAGAAGACGAUGAAUUUGAAGAUUUUCCCGAAGAUGAAAAUGAUUGGGUGAAUGAAAAUAAAGUUAAGGAAUCAACAUUAUGGGAAGAAGACUGGGACGACGAAGAUGAUCAAGAUGCAUUUUCGCAAAAGCUUAAGGAAGAACUUAUAAAAGCUCAAAAAGCAGUGCAUUCUUCUUAG